AUGUCUGUCUCACACGUGGAGAACGCUGCACAGCUCGAUGGCAUCCUGAACAAGUCGGGCAAUAAGCUCUCCGUCAUUGACUUCCAUGCUACAUGGUGCGGCCCCUGCCAUAUGAUUGCGCCGACUUAUGAAGCGCUGGCGAAACAAUACACGGAUGUCAACUUCCUCAAGUGUGACGUGGACCAAGCGAAGGACGUCGCCGGGAGGUAUCGCGUCACUGCGAUGCCGACAUUUGUUUUCCUCAAGGGGACCGCGGAAGUGGAUAGGAUCCGAGGCGCAAACAAGCCGGCCCUUGAAGACGCGCUCCGCCGUCAUGCGUCUGGAGGUAGCUCCGGGUCAGGAGCUUUCCCGGGCAAGGGUCACACCUUGGGUACUGGAAACUCGACUACCGGCGGCACGGGUACAGGUGGAAGUGGCGUCCUGGCGUUCCAAGCACUAGACCCUCAGGUCAAGGUCCUACUCUGUCUUCUGGGAGGGUACAUCCUCUUCUGGUACCUUAGCUGA